GAGAGCGGCGGCUCUGAGUCAGCUGACCAGGGUCCGCGUAGGAGGAAUCUGAAAUCCUGCCGGCCGGACGGACCCAGCCAAGGGACUGGCUGGGCGGCCGACGGACGGACAGGCUGGGACGGCCUCGGCGGCGUUAGCUGAGCAGGGGCAGGAUUUCCUUGGGGAGAAUCUUCACUCAGAGCUUGCUGACAGCCAAGGAUGGCAAGCAAAGGGCCCUCGGCCUCUGCAUCUCCUGAGAACUCUAGUGCAGGGGGGCCCAACGGCAGCAGCAAUGGCGCUGGUGAGAGCGGAGGGCAGGACAGCACCUUCGAGUGCAACAUCUGCCUGGACACAGCCAAGGAUGCCGUCAUCAGCCUGUGUGGCCACCUCUUCUGUUGGCCGUGUUUACAUCAGUGGUUGGAGACGAGACCUAACAGACAGGUGUGUCCAGUUUGCAAAGCUGGCAUCAGCCGCGACAAGGUGAUCCCCCUCUAUGGCAGGGGCAGCACUGGGCAGCAGGACCCCAGAGAGAAGACUCCUCCCCGUCCUCAAGGACAGAGGCCAGAACCGGAGAACAGAGGGGAACAUAAACCUACCAAAUGUGAGGACUUGUGGGAUUGUACAGGUGUUGCUGGAAGGGAGGCCGGAGGGCCAAUCCUCGGAUUUGCACUGAAUGAAGUGGUGGUUCCUGAUGAAACAGUUGCACCUUCCUGGGGAUUUCAAGGGUUUGGAUUUGGAGAUGGUGGCUUCCAGAUGUCUUUUGGAAUUGGGGCAUUUCCCUUUGGCAUAUUUGCCACAGCAUUUAACAUAAAUGAUGGGCGGCCUCCUCCAGGUGAAGAUGCCUGGAGGUGUCGGGGCUGUGGAGACCAUGUCGCUCUGAACCAGAGGUUGUACAGGACUGUCAGCGAAGCCUGGCACAGCUCCUGCUUCCGAUGUUCUGAAUGCCAGGAUUCUCUCACCAACUGGUACUACGAGAAGGAUGGGAAGCUUUACUGCCACAAGGACUACUGGGGGAAGUUUGGGGAGUUCUGCCAUGGAUGCUCUCUGCUGAUGACGGGGCCUGUCAUGGUGGCCGGGGAGUUCAAGUACCACCCAGAGUGCUUUGCCUGUAUGAGCUGCAAGGUGAUCAUUGAGGAUGGGGACGCGUACGCCCUGGUGCAGCACGCCACCCUCUACUGUGGGAAGUGCCACAACGAGGUGGUGCUGGCACCCAUGUUUGAGAGGCUCUCCACAGAGUCUGUCCAGGACCAGCUGCCCUAUUCCGUCACACACAUCUCCAUGCCGGCCACCACCGAGGGCAGGCGGGGCUUCUCCGUGUCCGUGGAGAGUGCCUGCUCCAACUACGCCACCACCGUGCAAGUAAAAGAGGUCAACCGGAUGCACAUCAGUCCCAACAACCGCAAUGCCAUCCACCCUGGGGACCGCAUCCUGGAGAUCAAUGGGACCCCCGUCCGCACACUCCGAGUGGAAGAGGUAGAAGAUGCAAUUAGCCAGACGAGCCAGACGCUUCAGCUCUUGAUUGAACAUGACCCCGUCUCCCAGCGCCUGGACCAGCUGCGGUUGGAUGCACGGCUCUCUCCCCACAUGCAGAAUGCCAGACACUCAGGCACCCUCAGCCCCCUGGACACGAAGGAGAAUCUGGAAGGGACGCUGAGGAGACGCUCCCUAAGGCGCAGUAACAGCAUCUCCAAGUCCCCUGGCCCCAGCUCCCCAAAGGAGCCCCUCCUGCUCAGCCGUGACAUCAGCCGCUCAGAAUCCCUCCGCUGUUCCAGCAGUUACUCGCAGCAGAUCUUCCGGCCGUGUGACCUGAUCCACGGGGAGGUCCUGGGAAAGGGCUUCUUUGGGCAGGCCAUCAAGGUGACACACAAAGCCACAGGCAAAUUGAUGGUCAUGAAGGAGUUGAUUCGGUGUGAUGAGGAGACACAGAAGACUUUUCUGACUGAGGUGAAGGUGAUGCGCAGCCUGGACCACCCCAACGUGCUCAAGUUCAUCGGCGUGCUGUACAAGGACAAGAAGCUGAACCUGCUGACGGAGUACAUAGAGGGAGGCACGCUGAAGGACUUUCUGCGCAGCGUGGACCCGUUCCCCUGGCAGCAGAAGGUCAGCUUUGCCAAAGGCAUCGCCUCUGGAAUGGCCUAUUUGCAUUCCAUGUGUAUCAUCCACCGGGAUCUGAACUCGCACAACUGCCUCAUCAAGCUGGACAAGACCGUGGUGGUGGCAGACUUUGGGCUGUCACGGCUCAUAGUCGAGGAGAGGAAGAAGCCCCCAGUGGAGAAGGCCACCACCAAGAAGCGUACCUUGCGCAAGAGUGACCGCAAGAAACGCUACACGGUGGUGGGAAACCCCUACUGGAUGGCCCCUGAGAUGCUGAAUGGAAAGAGCUAUGACGAGACCGUGGAUGUCUUCUCUUUUGGGAUCGUCCUCUGUGAGAUCAUUGGGCAGGUGUAUGCAGAUCCUGAUUGCCUGCCCCGAACACUGGACUUCGGCCUCAACGUGAAGCUCUUCUGGGAGAAGUUUGUCCCCACAGACUGCCCCCCAGCCUUCUUCCCCCUGGCCGCCAUCUGCUGUAGACUGGAGCCUGAGAGCAGACCAGCAUUCUCCAAACUGGAGGACUCCUUUGAGGCCCUCUCCCUGUACCUUGGGGACCUGGGCAUCCCGCUGCCUGCAGAGCUGGAGGAGCUGGACCACACUGUGAGCGUGCAAUAUGGCCUGACCAGGGACUCGCCCCCCUAGCCCCGGCCCAGCCCCCUGCGGGGGGGCGUUCCACAGCCAGCACUGCCCCCUCUGCGCCCCAUCCCUGCUGUGGGCAGGGCCUUCUGCGCUUCCUGUGGAUUGGCAGCUUGUUUAGAAGCAGAACCGGCCAUCCCUACUACCUCCCCAGGAGGCGAGCGGGUGCAGCACCGGGGAAACCAUCUCCACAGGUUCUGGGGCCUGGUUACUGUCUGUAAAUCCAACACUCGCCUGAAAGCUGUGACGAAGAAAACAAACAAACAAAAAAAAAGCCUGGUUCCCGUGCCAGGAGGAAUCUGUUACUCAUGACCACUCGGGAACUCCCUGGCAGUGGAUUCCAGGAGGCUCUUGCUUACACUAAUCAUUGCGACCUGGACCUGCUGGGCAGGAUCCCAGGUGCACCUGCCGGUGGGCUCUGAAGCCUCUGGUCCAGCUGGUGCAGGAGGACUUCUCAUGGGAGCGUGGCCAAGUGAGCGGCCAUCCAAGGAUGUGAAGUGACAGUGGUGCUACCCCCUUCCACUCCACAUCCCGCCCUCCCCUGGGCAGGGUCAAGGGAGUAGGUUUUGAAGGGUCCCUUAGUCGGUUUGUAGUGGGUCCGGCCAGGAGUCAGGGGAAGGGCUGGUUUCUGUUCACCUUCCGGGCCCAGGGGCCACAUCAGCUCGAGGGGGAGCUUCCCCCCCGUGUUCUCAAACUGAGCUGCUGGAGACUGGCUGGGAACUUCCUUUCUGCCUCCCACAAGCAGUCAGCCACAAGUGCAGGAAGAGGCUGGGGCUGGAAGGAAAGAGGCCCUGCCCGCUAGAAAGCUCUAGUAUCCUGGCUGCUGUCACUCACACCCUGGUGGGCACCUCAGGAGCCUGGGAUUUUGCUAGGUGGGUUCUGGAGGGCAGUGUGGCUGGUCGCAGGCCCAGUGUAUGGGGCGGGGUGCUGGGAAUCUCAGCAGUCUCCCGGCCCUGUCCUCGUGGCAGCCGAUGCUCACCCCUCACUGUGCCUGAUCCAGGCAGCAGCUUGGGUGGCAAGAGGUGGUGGCAGAGUCCCAGAGCGGAGGUGCUGGAGGGGACAUCUCCCCGAGCCGGGCUCUCUGGCUUCUACCUCCCAUGUUGGCUGGCCCAGCUCAUGAGCUCCUGGCCCCAGCCUCCUGAGCCACAGCUCACAGCUGUGGGUGCUGAAAAGCCCAGGGGACACCCUCUACCCUGGCUUCCAAGCUGGGGUGGGGGUCUUGAACACAAGUAGAUUUGCCUCCCUGUAAGUGUGACCUUGCACCAUAUUUAACAGAUUAGGAGUGGGUUUGGGAUCUUACUGCGAUGGUGGUUAUAUUGGGGGUGGGGGGAGGAGGCGGGUGGGAGUGAUGCAGGAGAACGGUUGCUGUUCAGACUAUCUUGUUAUAUCUGUGGGGUGUUAUGUGAAAUGCUGUACAUAGACCUGAUGAGUUGUGGGACUAGAUGUCACCUCUGGCCAGAGUUUCCUUGCUGUCUAGACCAUACUUAAGUGUGGAGUGUGCAGGUUCGCUGUAGGGUCGAGCCCUGGGCUCCCGGCAGCGGGAAGGCCAGCAUGUGUGGCUGGUGGUGCCUCAGUGGUCCCCACAAGUGUGGGGCGGUGGGCCCAAGCGGGGCCAUCGAGCAGACCAAAUAAAUUAAGCAGUUAACAUAACCGAC